ACGACUCCGCCACGCGCUGUUAUGCACUACUCAAUCCUAUCCAUCCACGUGUCAUCCAUCCAACGGCUGUAAGUCCUCUCCAUGUCCUGUUUUUCAUCAUCUAUACUUACUACAAUCAGCUUCCUCUUUCAUCUUCCCUUUGAUUCUUUCUACUGAUAUUUUUUUUCAAUUUCUGCAUAAUUUUGAGUAUUCAUCAUCAUGCUUCUGAAAGUGGCACCUGCGUUUGCGUUAUUGAACACCCAUGAGGAAAAUUUGAGUUCCGUGAUAUCAUUUUCUUCACAUGGAUCUGUUUUGAAGAAUUUUUCGGCAAAAAACGGAAAUGGAUUGGUUGUAUGUGCUUCAAAGGGUUCGAACAGUAAACCGUUGACGGGUGUUGUUUUCGAACCCUUUGAAGAGGUGAAGAAAGAGCUUAUGCUUGUACCUACUGUUCCUCAAGCUUCUCUUGCUAGACAGAAGUUUACUGAUCAAUCUGAAGCUGCUCUUAAUGAACAGAUCAAUGUCGAAUACAAUGUUUCGUAUGUUUACCAUGCUAUGUAUGCCUAUUUCGACAGAGACAAUGUUGCUCUCAAGGGACUUGCCAAGUUUUUCAAGGAAUCAAGUGAAGAGGAAAGGGAACAUGCUGAGAAGUUCAUGGAGUAUCAGAACAAGCGUGGUGGGAAAGUGAAGCUGCAGUCUAUUUUAAUGCCAUUAUCCGAAUUUGAUCAUGCUGACAAGGGGGAUGCAUUGUAUGCAAUGGAGCUUGCACUUUCUUUGGAGAAGUUGACAAACGAGAAGCUCUUAAACUUGCAUGCUGUAGCCACACGAAACAAUGAUGUGCAGUUGGCUGAUUUUGUAGAAAACGAGUACUUGCAAGAACAGGUGGAAGCAAUCAAGAAGAUCUCGGAAUAUGUAGCUCAGCUGAGAAGAGUGGGCAAAGGACAUGGUGUCUGGCACUUUGAUCAAAUGCUCCUGCACGAGGCGGAAGCUCUUGCAUGAUGGAGGAGAUAGACUUUGAACUUUCUACCGAGUAGUGUUCUUUUGGAGGAUGUUGUCUGGGUAUAUUUUGGCAUUAGCCUUUUCUAUGAGAUAGAUAUAUAAGGCGUUUUGGUGAUCGAAAAUCCCAGUGCUGUAUAUAUAGACCAAAUAGAUGUAGUUAUCUGUGCUACUUAUUAGUACCCUCCUGGUGCUCAAAUCAGCUUUAAUUUCCCUCAUGGUUUGCUAGUUGUAGCUUGGAACUGAAGGUGCCCCAGUGAAGUCAAAUGUAAAGUGAAGUUGAUAGUUUUGUUUUUAGUUGGAUGUUGACUCAUCUGGAGAAAUAAUAAAUAAUCGGAAUUUAGCUAAAGUUGCCUUUUUCGAA